GAUUCCGCCCGGCGUGUGAAUUGUUACAUUUGGCUGAAGUGGAACCUGAGCUAGACUGAGCUGCACUGCACUGAGCUGGGAUGCGAUGCGAUGAAUGGCAGGGAUUGUAUGCAGUGAUCAUGGAAGGGAUGCUUUAUAAAUGGACCAAUUAUCUCAGUGGAUGGCAGCCACGAUGGUUUGUUCUUGCUGGUGGAAUCUUGUCCUAUUAUGAUUCUCAAGAGGACACGUGGAAAGGCUGCAAAGGCUGCAUUAAGAUGGCAGUGUGUGAAAUACAAGUGCAUUCUGGUGACAGUACAAGAGUCGAGUUGAUAAUACCAGGAGAGCAACACUUUUAUCUGAAGGCAGAGAAUGUUGCUGAAAGGCAGAGAUGGCUGGUUGCCUUGGGGUCAUCCAAGGCGUGCCUAACAGAUAGCAGGACCAGGAAAGAGAAAGAAAUCAACGAAAACACAGAAUGCCUGAAACAGAAGGUGUCCGAACUGAGAUUGUUUUGUGAUCUUCUUCUCCACCAAGUAAAUAACCUCAAAGAGAGCACACAAUUUGAUCAGCCUGGCUCCACUAAUUUUGAGAUCGACAUGGCAACAGUUCUAAGAUCUACAUGCAAUACCUUUAUGAAGACACUGGAAGAAUGCAUGCAAAUUGCAAAUGCUUCGUUCAGGCCUGAACUAUUGCAGCCUACACCACCAGAUUCCCCGCAUGUGGCUAUCAUAAAACUAAACAGGGUUAAACAGCGUUCAUCCAGUUACAAUUACAGAGAAAGGAAUGAACUGAAAAUCCGUCAGAAUGGAUUAAUGAUAAAAGAAAACAAGAUUAAGUCUUGGAAGAGGUCACAAUUGGAAAGUGAUGAUCAGCAUCAACAAAAUCCAAGAAGGGGAAGUAUUGAAAAUGCAGAGGUGAUGAUGGAUAACUCUGAGUUAACAAAUGUAACUGCAGAGGACUCUGGUGUGAAUAUUGAACUUCAGCCUUCUGCAGCUGAGGAUGAGACUGGCAAGGACACCGAGGAACCAGGUGGCCCAACCCCUGAUGCAGAGAAGGAGGAGAUACAGACAUUUUUCAGUGUGAUGGAUCAAAGAUUUAAUGAUAUUGAAUUUGAAGAAGACAGUGGGAUUCCUACUUUGCCAUUUCUGGAAUCUUGCUAUGCUAUCGUUCCAGUUUUAGAUAAACUUGGUCCAACAGUCUUUGCUCCUGUUAAAUUAGACUUUGUGGGUAAUAUUAAGAAAAUAAAUCAGAAAUACAUCACUGAUACUACAAAGUUCACUACCCUUCAGAAGAUAGUGCUGCAUGAAUUGGAAAAUGAAGUCGCAACAGUGAGAAAUUCUGCCACGGAGGCUCUCCUUUGGUUGAAGAGAGGACUAAAAUUCCUGAGAGGAUUUCUGGAAGAAGUGAAUAAUGGAGAAAAGGAUAUUCAGAAAGCGCUCAAUACGUCAUAUGGCAGAACUUUGCGGCAAUACCACGGGUGGGUUGUUAGAGGUGUCUUUGCAUUGGCUCUGAGAGCUGCUCCAUUUUAUGAAGCAUUUAUGGCAGCUCUUGCUAUAAAUGAAGGAGAUGAAAUGAAGGAAGCAUUCCAUGAAAAGAUGCAGAGUGAUUUGAACCAAUAUCUUCCGGCCAUGGGAAAGCAAAUCGAGAUCUUGGAUGCUUUGUAUGAAGAAUACAAUUUGGAAUCUGAUGAAGUAGUAUAACAGCAAAUCAAUGGAAAAGGAAGAAAUCUGACCAUUCUGAAAUACUCUAAUACCACCAAUGAAAAGUGCCGAUAAACAUUUGUUCAUAUGUUCCAAUCCAUUGAACUAUACUGUGGAAUUUCAAAAAUUGGAGAUGUGUUAUGUGCAAAUGGACAGCAGAGGGACAUUUCUACAAAUAGCAGUGCUACAUAAUUCAAAACAAUUGUAAGAGCAUAGUGACAUAUGGGAUUUUGUUUGAGUUGAAACAUGUCCUUAUUCAGCAAAAUAAUGACUACCAAAAUACUCAUCAAGUCUUUAAAUUAUUUAAAAUUGAAGCCCAAGGGAUUUGAAACACUAAUCACUGUUUAUAAUGGAUGUCAUUAAAUUUGUCUUCAAAAUAAUUGUAUUAUAUUAUCUUUCUGUAAAUUUGUGAACUGAAAUGUGCAAAAAUUACUUGGCUAUUUAAAAAAAAAAUCAAUGUGAAAUACAGUUGAUUUUGACACUUUUUUAAAAGUAAUAUGUGGAUAUUCAUAAGGACUUGCCUACAUGUAGCUCAAUUCAGCACAAGCCAUUCAUUGAUCAACCUGAUUUAUGUUGAGUAAAAUGAGGGGAAACUCUUAAUCCACUCCAUGACAUCUACACAGCCAUCAUGUAAGUGUUUGAUUUAUGGAGUGUUCUACCAAACUUUAUUUAGGAUGGGAGAGGAAAAAAAUUGAAAUGUUCCAGCAGAGCACCUGUGAUGUUUAAAGAGAGCAUUAAACAGAGGAUUUGUUUCGUCCUAGUUAUUACAUACUAACCCAUGCAGCCAUUAAUUGUAUUUGCCUGUUUUAGUUAUUCCAGUUAGGAUGGCCCUGCAGUGUUUCUGGAAUGAAGUGUUCACAGCUGAAAGCAGUGUGGCAUCUCAUUAAACAAAGGGCACAAGCCAUACUCUGGGGGGGGGGGGGGGGGAAUUGGUUGUAAAGAAAUGGCAGAGGAUGCUGGUGUGUACAUUCUAAAAUAAUUGCCAAUGCUGAAUAGUUGUCAGUGCUAUUUAUGGCUAAUUUGUUACUGUACCCUAGUUGCCCACUGGAUGACUGAGCUAAUCUAACUAGAUAGUGUUUAGAACUGUUUCUAGAAUACAGUAAAUGGACAUUGUACUUGCUGUGCAAUUAUAGCCACUAGCAUUUAACUGGGAAAUGCACUGUGUACAUAUAUAGAUAUAUUUUAUACUUAUUUAAUAAAACAUUGCACUUUUAAUAAAUGUCUGGUGCAGUUGCCAUUGUUCGAAAGCUCAUUUCUCAGUUUUCAUCAAGUUUAAGAUUUGUUGGGAAAUUCCCAAUCAGAAUGAAA